AUGACAGCAAUCUUUAUGCCCUUGAUGCUGUCGAUUAUCGGAAUACGAAUAUUCACCCGCGUUCGGAUCUUACGGAGUUUUGGCUGGGACGAUAUUUUCAUUAUUGCAGCUGCGGUUCCUACCCUUGGAUGUGGAAUCAUCACCACCACUGCCGCCAUUACCUUGGGCUGGAAUCGCCAUAUCUACGAUGUUCCGUUCUCGCAGCUUAUCUUGGGAUUAAAAUUGACGAUGCUGUUGGAGUGCCUCUUUGCAACUGGUUGCACCCUCACCAAGCUCUCACUGCUAUUCUUUACCCGGAAGAUCAUGAAGGGCAGCGGGACCCCAUUUCUGCAAUGGCUUGUCAUCGCGAAUAUUUGGAUUGUCGGUAUAGAACUGAUCAUCUUUCUCUUGGUGGUUAUUUUUACUUGCCGACCUGUCUCGCUUUACUGGACUCUGUCGUCUUUUCCUCAAGAGUGUAUCAAUGAAAGUGCACAUCUACUCGCCAGUGGAGCAAUUAACACCGCCACUGAUAUCGCCGUUAUUAUCCUGCCAAUUCCUAGCGUUUUAUCGCUUAGCUUACCUACCCGGCAACGCGUUGUUCUUGUCCUCCUUUUCGGCGCUGGAUUUGGAGUCUGCAUCGCCGGUGGGGUACGUGCCUAUUAUACCUAUCGACUGAAUAUCGCGUACGACAAGACAUGGGAAGCCUACUACCUCUGGAUCUCUGGCACGGUCGAGCUCUACGUCGGUGUCAUUGGGGCCUCACUGGCAUCGCUCAGGCCCUUCUUCGCACGAUACUUCCCAACAAUCUUCGGCAACCAGCGCGAGCGGCGCUCUUAUGCAUUCUCAACCUCAAUGGCACGACGUUAUGGCUUCCGCCGCUCAAACCGCGGUAAGCCAAAGCCUCAGAAGCCGAAAGAAAUCAGUCAGGCCACUACAAUAACUAUGAAUGGUGACUUCGACUUCACCGACCUUGGUACCUACAAGAGCGAGAUAGGGAGAGAGGAGAGGGAAGAGAGGGGGGAUGUGGAAGAGGCCGGGGGGAGAGGACAGAGAGGGCAUAGAGAGAGCCGCGAAAUAGGGGCCCUGCCACCUAUACCGUCCACGUUCGCAGGAUUUCCAGGGGAUCGAGAUGGAUCCGAAGUCAGUUUUCAUUCUGCAUAA